ACACCCGGGAGCGCGCUGCUCUGCGCGCGGGGACGUUUAACGAGAACGUUAAUCUUUGCCGUCACCUGCAUAGAAAUAUCAAUACCGGCGAUACCAGAUGGACGUGAAUAUUGCUUUCUGCUAUGUCAAGGCUGCUUGUGUAUUGUUCGGUAGAUCGUGGCUUGUCUGCGAUACAACGAAGCUUUACCUGUCAACAGCGGAACGUUUCCGUCAGGUUUGUCAACAGCUCGGCACGAUUAAGGUUCAGCCGAAUGCAAUUUUCGCGUCGCCCCGUUGACAAUGAUAGGAUUGGGAUGGGCAAACUUCAACCUGCCCAUCAGCCUGGCAUUAGGCUCCAGUACAUUGAUCGCAUGAGAUGGUAUGUAUUGAAGCAAUGUGAUUCAGUACAAUAACGCUACCUGCCUGACUUUACCACCACGUAGAGGGGAACUUCAUACUGACUAUGCCUAUACAAGUGACUGCUGUCUAGCACUGAACACGGAUCGACAACGAGCAGGACGAAAUGCAUUGCGAAUAUAGCGUCAACGGCGUUAGAAGGCCGCGCUAUCACGAAGGACCGAUCAGGUGGCGGACACACAAUAGGCGAACUCUAGGUAGCUAGUACAUAUGGUUCUACAUCGUCGCUUGAAUCUUUAUGGCGGCAUCAGGCUGAUUUGGUGGCCCGUUGAUACGCGCAGACAGCGUGUUUCUUUGUGCGUGAUUUACCGAAUCUCGAGAUGUGCAGAAUAUCUAAUUAUGAAUAAGGUUACAAACCAGGUAUAUAUCAUAUAAAUUUCGAAAGUUUAGGAAUGCGUAAGUCUUUCUUUGUAACAACGUGAUGCGUAUAAGAAACACGACGGGAUUUAGGCUUAAUUAUACUCAUCGAAAUUUUGAUGAAAACUUCAGAUAGGAAGUGAACAAACAUUUGUCGUUCGACCACGACUUGGCCUGUGAAACGUCCCUCAGCAACCAUAUUCAAAGGUUACUCUGAAAACUACUGAGUGUAUCCUGUAAACUGGCAGGGUAACUACAGUUGAUAUGCUCCGUCCCCCGCCAGAUUUCCGCUCGAACUUCGAUUCCACCCCGCCGCCAAUUCUAAUUGACAAUGGCCAGGCCGUACUUGAAAAUGAAAAGAUUGAACGUUACAUCAUGAAGAACGUGCCUGGCGGUCAUAACUUAUUCGUGCAGGACAGCGAGACGCUUCUUGUGAUUGAGAACCUCUAUUCCAAGUUUAAGUUGGCUUUAGCUAAAAAGGAUGAAGCUUCUAGGAAUAACCUUCUCAAGGAGCUCACAAAUAUCAACCAGCAUCUCGAGGACAGAGGCGACCGUUUCCUAACAGGAGACUCCAUGUGUUGCUUCGACUGCGAACUAAUGCCGAAGCUUCAACACAUACGCAUUGCGGGCAAAUACUUCUUUGACUUUGAGAUCCCGCGUGAAUUUAGCGCUCUUUGGCGUUAUAUGGGUCAAAUGUACGCACUUGACGCAUUCACGCAGAGCUGCCCAGCCGACCAAGACAUCAUCAAUCAUUACAAGCAGCAGAUGCACGUUAAGCCAACUCGGCACGAGGAGCUGGAAGCACCCACUUUCACCAACUCACUGCCCAGCGGCACGUGCGAAAAGAACGGUAUGGGAAACGGUCAUUCGACGGGGAUCGAAAUCAAUGGGCAUGAUCACGUGGCUUCUCUGAAUGGAGGCGAAAAUUAGGAAACCAACGAGUUAUCUACAACGAUGUCUCCGAGCUCAGAAACUUCAAGAUCAACUCAAAGAUGUCCAAUACAGAAACUAUGCAGCUACCUGAACCCUGUGACCCCUCAAGUUAAUAAUAGGAUUAUGGCGGUAACUAUACAGUUCUUCAUGGGCAAAUACCCAGUAAGAUUGGGAACGAUGGGCAGGAAGACAAAAAAUGACUUAAUGAUUUACUAAGUACCUGACUAUUCAUGGCUUCGUCUUCGUGGUGCCGACAUUUGGCAGAUAAGCUUGACGAUAAUCUAUAUAGUCGAAUGGCAAAUCCAUUGCUGUAAGAAUUAGUACAGUUGUCCAGCAACAAGGCCUUCAGGUCGAAUAGUGCCGAAUUUCUAGGACGAGCACCUUGAAGCGGUGAUACGCAUGGUAAUUUUGGAACGCUUUAUCAGAUUUGCACAUACGAAAAGCCGUGUUCUACCUACAGACUGAAUUGGAGCAUUAUUUUUAUAGUUGCUGACUGAAUUUGCGUGCAAAGCUAUUGAAUUCGAUACGUUCGCCCAGUAUAGUAUCAUAGGCGUAAUCAUGAUGAUAUUACUUUAAUAUACCUCUGUACGAUCUUGGAUAGCGCAUUAAGACUUCAGCGCUCAAAUACGCUUCGAUGAAGAAGCUGCACGUGCAUCAGUCUUCAGAUAGAAUAAUAUAAUACUGUACUAGUUAGUAAUAAUAACAGUAGUAAUAGCAAUGCUAACGAUAAAAAUCUAAAAGAAAAAAGGGCGAUUAUUAAUUCCAUGUGAAUUUCGUUGCGGUUUGACAGGGACAAUAUAUGUAAGCGUGUAUCUAUCUGAGAAACAAUCGAGCGACAUUAAAGAAAGAAGGCUUCCUAAAAUAUACGUUGUUAACAACUGAAGAGAAGAACGAAGUAGAGAACUGCGUUAAAUAAAUACGUUGCAUUAGUCUUUCGGUAACGCUAUAGGUGUUCGAGCAAAUCAAAUAGGCAAACGCAUAUAGAAGGGUUUCCUUUCAAUUUAAGUCUCGUUUUAUCCCACUGAUUAUCCGACCGGAAGCCGAGCCAUUCGUACCGCACGUAUGUCGCGGCUGUCGUCUGAUUAAAGUGCAGAUUUCUCCACAUCGAAUUGAUUGGCAACUGUUAGAUCGUUGCCCAACCCGAUCACAGAUAAAUUAGAACAGGGUGGCUUUGCUAAUGGGUUCUGUCAAUAUUUGCCUAAUGAAUAUUUAAAUUUAUUGAAAUCGACCUAGAAAAAUCGCGGGAACUGCGAAAGGUGCCGUCUGCAGCUACCCUGUGCCCUUAUCUUUACAGCUGAAUCUAUCGGGUUCGACACGUACACACCUAGAUCGUUUAUCGAUUAUAUCGUAUGAUAUAGAUGUACGGAUACGCAAUGCGAAGUAGCGUUGGGCAGGAGCGAAAAGAAUUCUGUUAGGUCAACCGAAUUCGGGGAUGAUGACAGUUCGGGGAAGCGACAAGGCCAGAACGCUGGAUACAAGCAAAGAAGCCAAGGAAAGAAUACAGCAUAGACAAUAGAAAUGGAACAUAUCUUGUUUCUGUAGCGCCUUAAAGGCGGACGCAAGAGACCCUAAUGCAUGGCGGCAGAGUGGAUUUGCACAGCGAAGUACUAGUUUUUGAAGCAAAUAGAUUGGAUUAUAGUUUGCUGCACGAUGAGCACAGGCAGACGGCCCGUUGUUAUUACCGAUAAAAGAUAUUCUUUUUGAUACACCGCGAAAGUCAGCCAACUGCUCCGACAAACCUCUAGUCGAUACACAGCACAUACAUUUACUUAUUUUACUUCUACAAUGGCUGUACCAUAUCUCUCCACCUAAUUAUUUUUAUUGCUUGCUAUAUUAUUUUAUAAGAUUUAUGUGCCCUGAAGAGUAUAUUAAUUCUAUAAUUAUGUUAUUACUAAUAUCACACUAUAUGAUGGUAUUACACAUGAUUUGUGGUAGUAUUGGAGUGUGGCGUCCUCUCAUCAUGGGGAAAGUUGAUAAUACUUACAUCGCAUCUCUAUAUUACAAACAUGAAGAUUAGACAACCGUGGUCAUCAUCAAGUAUAAUACUAAUCUACAAUGGAGGUUUACUGAUUGCUUCGCGUACGAGAACAACCUAGCAGACAGAAUAGCAGCACGUACGUUCAAACAGUUCGAGCUCCGCAUUUGCUAAACAAAUUCCUUCACCUGAAAAAGUUGAAGAAGCUUCAGUUUUUUAACACGUACGUAUCGAGGUCGAAUCGAUAACAAUCUUGUUGAUGAUAGCUAUUUUUACGUUCGUGAAUCACAUGGACCUACGAAGAAGGAACGAUGACAAUGUACCGGAACAAUGUUCAACAGAGGCGUACGUUGCGCCUUACAACGAAACAAGUUGAUGGCAAAUGAAUGCAGGAUAAUACUUAAGUGAGGAGCUCCAAUGGCACGGAAAACAAUGAGAACUUGACGAGGUGCUGAAAUGAGGUGGAUUAUGCUAAGGGCUACAACUGACUCCUGGCAGCAUCCUCAAGAGGUUAAGAACAUAUUCCUUACAAUACAAUUUAUAUAUAAUGUUGGCACGAAUUUUAUUAAGCGAUUAUUACUUCACGAGCCAACAAAACGUGGAUAGCGACAUAACGACGAGGUGGUAAAUGCAAAAGUAGUAAAACAGACAGCGCAUAUAUAUGGGGUAAUAUAUCAGUCGCUGGAGUUACGGAAGCGAUGGCAAAACUAAGAGAAGCACUAAGAUUGGUACGGAGACCACUAUAGCAAAUAGUAUAGACGAUGUUGACGAUAUAUACCCGAAUAAAUUAUUUGGCAGUUAUAUGGAAGUAA